AUGGGUGGAGAUUUGAACUUGAAGAAGUCAUGGCAUCCCGGCCUGUUCAAAAACCAGGAGCGGGUAUGGAAGCACGAGAACCGCGCGCUGGAGGAGCGCAAGCAGAUUGACCAGCUGCGACGCGAGAGAGAGGAGGAGCGCCAGAUGGAAGAGAUCCAGCGUCUCCAAGAAGCCUCCGGAAAGACAAGAACACAAGCCCGCGUCGACUGGAUGUAUCAAGCCCCCUCUGGCGAGAAUGGCCACUACUCGGAAGAAAUGGAGGGAUAUCUUCUCGGAAAGCGACGCAUCGACGGAGUCUUGCUCAAGAAUGACACCGACAACAAGAAACUCCAGAAAGACUCCGAGGUAGUGGGCAACGGCGCUCCUGCGGGUCCAUCCAUCGGCUCCCAACGCGACACCAUGUUGAAGGUCAUGGCAGACCCACUGCUGGAGGUCAAGAAAAGAGAACAAGCUGCCUACGAAGCUAUGGUGAAGGAGACCCUCAAGCGCAAGGAACGGGAGCAAAAGCGCGAACAACGCGAUGGAAAGGACCGCGAACGCCGCCAUCGCACCCACGACUCCAAGCGACGCUACAGUGACGAUGCAGGCGAUGACCGCCGCGACCGACACCGAAGAUCAUCGCCUCGUCGUCAUCGAUCUCGAUCUCCUGCCUCACCUAACCGAUCCCACCGACACAGAAGUGGCCGUGAUCGUGAUCACAGAAGUGAUGACACUAGAUCCCGUCGCGAUGACAGCAGAUCUCGUCGUAGUGAUAGAGAUCGGGGUCGGGACCGCCGCGACUACAAUGACAAGAGAGAUACCCAUUCCAGUCGAUAUGAAGACCGCGAUGACAGACGGGACCGGGACCGCGAACGUGAACGUCCCCGCUCACCUCGCCGAUCUUCCCGCUCCCCGCGUCCGUCCAGCGAUCGCAAGGAACGCCCUGAUGACCACGAUCGCCGCCGUGACUAUCCUCGACGCGAGUUCAACAAUCGCCGUGACUCUGGUCGAGGCCCUGGCCCAGCUGCGCGUCCUCAGGCAGCUAAGCCAGACCCCAAGGUAGCGGAAGAGGAACUCCAGCGCAAGCUUGCGGAAAUGCAAUCUAAUGCCACUGAUAUGGAAUCGGACCGUCGUCAGCGAAUUACCGAAACCACUGCCAAGGAGCAGCAGCAGCAAGAGGCGGAUGAUCGCCAACGUUCUGACCGUGGCAGGUUUAUGUCCGAUAUUAACAAGCGAGCGCAGGAGGACAGUCUUGAUGAACGCAUUCGUCGGAGCCGCGGAGGUCUCUCGAGGAUGGAGGAGGAUUGA